AUUGGCGACAAAUGCCAAACCGACACAAAGGCUGUGGCUAAUUCCUUGGCUUUCAUCUAUCAGCGAAAUGCCUAAUGUCCAUCACUGUCUUUACUUAUCAAUUGUUGUGUUUGGCUUGCUGAUCAUUGGAGAGCUUGGAGAGAAAUGCCACACUGAUACCUCCAUGGCCGUGCAACCCCGAGGCUCUCAUGUUGCCCGAGAACCACGACACAGUAAUCUUGGACUUCCGUCACGAUUCCAUCGGGACACUCCUGACGGUUCGUGUCCGGGGCGGACGCCCCGCGGCGCUCAUUCUGACGACUUGCCUGGCCACGUUCGCGGCAACAGCAUAUUCCUGGGCCUGGCCUUGCGGCUCCCCUGCGACUCCUGGUCCCUGCAACUCCCUUGGGGCUGAUGUCGUCCCAGCAGGCUCAGACUGGGCCAGCCGGGGCGGCGGCGGCGGCGGCGGGGGCGGGAACGCGAAUGUGGCGCGAUUGGUAAUAGUGGUUGCAACGGCAGUAGCCGUAGUAGCGGCGUGGGAGCUGCUCCAGGUGGCGAGUGAGAGCGUGCUCGUCCUGCCCGGCGGCGUGGGCUACGUGCUGGAGAGUGUACGGCGCUGCGGGCUGCGGCGCCGACGGUUUUUAGAUGCGCAGGAAGUCUCAUACGUGACUUUGAGCGAGGCAAUCACUAGCUGCGAUGUGCGGUUCUUCCUGGCCUUCGUAACUCGGGAUGUCAACAACGAUAGCAGUUUUAUGAACUGCAGCAGAAAUGGCAACACGGACGCCAACGCAGGUGGAAAUGGAAGCAGCAGCAGCUGCAGCCGCUUGGCUGUGCCGUAUGAGAAUUUGCUGCCGCGGCUACAGCUGCGUCACCUCCAGGCGAUUUACCGGGAAUUGGAGCUCCUACAAAUGCAGCAUGCCCUUGGGCCUUCGGCCUUCGGCUCGUAUGGGUAGUCUUACAGGUAUGGGGUCACGCAACCCCAACCAUGUAACACACACACACACACACACACACACAAAUGCAGCAGUAGCCGCUGUGUCGCCUGGCGGCACCAGUCGCAGUACCGCCAGCAACCGGAGCUGUAGCGCUGGUCCUGCACGUAUGGAACUUCGACCAGGACCUCGUCGUCGUGGUGGUGGUGGUGGUGGUGGUCAUGGCCUUGGGAGUGGAGGAUCGGAUCUAUCAGCUAGUGCUGGUAAUGGUAAUGGCAGUGAGACCCGGUGACCGGGUCCUGAUAUGCAGAUAUCGGCUUUUAGCCUGUAAUCGAGAUGUCAUUGACCACGCGGGCAGGAAGUCGAGCAAUCUUGCGCUUGGUUUUGACACUUCAUUCCGGCAUUGUGCUGGCUGGACGGGAACUAGGGAGGAACCUGAGGAACCUCUCCACGACGGGAAAUGGGCGAGGCCCUACAAGACAAAAAGCAAACCCAAAAUGGACUCAGGCUUGUAAUACAUCUUGGUC